AUGGUCAAUAGUCCGCAUUUUCUGGGCUACUCAAGGCUUGGUGCAGAAAUUACGGCGUUGCAGCCUGAUUAUCGUGAACAAUUCGAUUUUGCAACCGAGCUCCCUGCACCUGGUCCAGACGAGCCUUUGUAUAGGAAUGUGGUGGGUCCUAACCAGUGGCCGGAUGAAACGGCAAUCCCUGGAUUUCGUGAAUCAUUCGACGCAUAUCUGUCGGAAGUGAGCAACCUAGCAGAGUCAUUCCCAGGCUUGAUCGCAGAGGCGUUAGAACUCCCGUCAACUGCAUUCGAUCCGGCUUUUGACAGCCCGCAGCAACACAAGCUGAAGUUGAUCAAAUACCCUCCCCCACCUGGAACUAGCAAUGCCGAAUUUCAAGGGGUUGGUCCUCAUAAAGAUUCCGGAUUCCUCACGUUCCUUUUGCAGGGCACCCCUCACCAUGGUCUCGAGGUCCAAAACAAAACCGGGACAUGGAUUCCUGCUCCGCCACUACCGGGAACGUUGGUUAUUAACAUUGGCCGGUCCUUAGAGGCCCUGACGGGGGGGGAUCUGCACGGCGACCACUCACCGCGACCUAGAUUUUCCUUCCCGGUCUUCCAGGGAGUGAGUCUGGACCUGUCGGCCGAUACGAUCUCUUUGAAAAUCCCAGCUCAGAUUCGUGACUUGGUGAAAAAUGACCAGGUCCAAUCGGAUGCCGAGGCAACUUUUAACGAAAUCUUCCGUGGGAGUAUUGGCCAGGGCACCUUCAUUGCUCGAGUGACCAGUCACCAAGAUGUUGGACAGCGGUGGUAUCCGGAAAUUUUAGCGAAAGCGUUGAAGGGUCAAAAGGAUUUUCUGAGCUGA